CGGAAGUUCUGCCUCGCGCCCCGGAAGCAAUUCCUCAGGCCGCGGGCGUGCUCCGCCUCGCGUUUGGUGUGAGACGUAGAACUGAGCGACCGAAGCCGCGAACGAGAUGCCGGUGGCCGUGGGGCCCUACGGACAGUCCCAGCCGAGCUGCUUCGACCGCGUGAAGAUGGGCUUUGUGAUGGGCUGCGCAGUGGGCAUGGCGGCUGGGGCGCUCUUCGGCACCUUUUCCUGUCUCAGGAUUGGAAUGCGGGGCCGGGAGCUGAUGGGCGGCAUCGGGAAAACCAUGAUGCAGAGUGGAGGCACCUUUGGCACGUUCAUGGCCAUUGGGAUGGGCAUCCGAUGUUAAUCAGGGCAAUGGUUGUCCACUACAGCUACUCCUUCCCAUCAGUGCCAGCUCAUGUACUAUAAUAAAAGAAAUCUUUGAGUA